AUCACUUUGAAUGAACCUUUAUUGACACAUUCAUGGACAAACAGUGUGUCCUUCACUACUGUCUGUUUUUGGUGCGCUUCUUAAACCAAGAAUCGGCCUUGGUUUGAAAGGAAAGCUCUCUUUUGGGAAACAUGGCAGCAAAAAUUUUCCCUGUGAUCAAACUGGCCACGAAGGUGACCAUUGCAGGGGGUGCUCUCUACGUGGCCUAUGACUCCGGGCUGCUGGGCUCCAGUGAGCAGGGCUCCGAGGCCCUGGGGCGUGCCAGUACAGCCAUACCACCCGCUGUGGAGGAGUGGAUGAAGUACUUUGGCCUGGAGGCUCAGCUUCCAACGCUACCCAAGGUUGAAUUCUCUCCGGUAGAGGCCUGGAAUUCUGGGGUGCGGUCGUCCAUUUCAGCUCUGUCGGAGGCGCCAAGAAAAGCAACCGAAUAUUCCACUCGGGGCUUGCAAUAUGUUAAAGACCUCGCCAAGUGAACAGUAACACCUCUGGGGACAAACGGAUUAUUGUUAUUAAAUGUCUUUAUCACUUUGCACUUGACUGACAUGUCCUCAAGAAUUGUUGCCUAUUGAGCAUGGGUGGGGAAUGUAAGCCAGGUAGGACACAUACGCCCAGCGAUAACAUUUGGCUUGGCCAUGCAAUUGUAAACGUAUUAAAAAAGAGUACACUAAUGCUCCUAAUAUAAUAAACACUUGUUCAAUUGUCACCAUAUUGUCCAAUGGAGGACUAAAAUGGCCCCGGAUAGGAAAAAGAUUCCCCACCAGUGUGUUCUAUAGAAUAGAUGUUCACCAAGUUGUUCAAUUCAAGGGAUGCAGGUUGUACAACCCCAAUUCCAAUGAAGUUGGGACAUUGUGUUGCAUAUAAAUAAAAACAAUACAAUGAUUUGCAAAUCAUGUUCAACUUAUAUUUAAUUGAAUACACUAAAAAGAUAAGAUAUUUCAUGUUCAAACUGAUAAACUUUGUUUUUAGCAAAUCAUUAACUUGGAAUUUUAUGGCUGAAACACGUUUAAAAAAAAAAAAUAAAAAAAAAAAAGCUGGGACAGGGUCAUGUUUACCACUGUGUUACCUCACCUUUUCUUUUAACAACAUUCAAUACACGUUUGGGAACUAAAGACACUUAAUUGUUGAAGCUUUGUACGUGGAAUUAUUUCCCAUUCUUGCUUGAUGUACAGCGUCUGCUGUUCAACAGUCCGGGGUCUCCGUUGUCGUAUUUUACGCUUCAUAAUGCGCCACACAUUUUCAAUGGGAGACAGGUCUGGACAGCAGGCAGGCCAGUCUAGUACCCGCACUCUUUUACUAUGAAGCCACGCUGUUGUAACACAUGCAGAAUGUGGUUUGGCAUUGUCUUGCUGAAAUAAGCAGGGGCGUCCAUGAAAAAGACGUUGCUUGGAUGGCAGCAUAUGUUUCUCCAAAAACCUUUCAGCAUUAAUGGUGCCUUCACAGAUGUGUAAGUUACCCAUGCCAUUGGCACUAACACAGCCCCAUACCAACACAGAUGCUGACUUUUGAACUUUGCGUCCAUAACAGUCCGGAUGGUUCUUUUGCCCGGAAGACACGACGUCCACAAUUUCCAAAAACAAUUUGAAAUGUGGACUUGUCGGACCACAGAACACUUUUCCACUUUGCAUCAGUCCAUCUUAGAUGAGCUCGGGCCCAGAGAAGCCGGCGGCGUUUCUGGGUGUUGUUGAUAAAUGGCUUUUGCUUUGCAUAGUGGAGUUUCAAGUUGCACUUACGGAUGUAGCACCGAACUGUAUUUACUGACAUUGGUUUUCUGAAGUGUUCCUGAGCCCACGUGGUGAUAUCCUUUACACAUUGAUGUCGGUUUUUGAUGCAGUGCCGCCUAAGGGAUCGAAGGUCACGGGUAUUCAAUCUUGGUUUUCGGCCUUGCCGCUUACAAGCAGUGAUUUCUCCAGAUUCUCUGAACCUUUUGAUGACGUUAUGGACUGUAGAUGAUGAAAUCCCUAAAGUCCUAGCAAUUGUACAUUGAGGAACAUUGUCCUUAAACUGUUGGACUAUUUUCUCACACACUCGUUCACAAAGAGGUGAACCUCGCCCCAUCUUUGCUUGUGAAUGACUGAGCAAUUCAGGGAAGCUCCUUUUAUACCCAAUCAUGGCACCCACCUGUUCCCAAUUAGCCUGUUCACCUGUGGGAUGUUCCAAACAGGUGUUUGAUGAGCAUUCCUCAACUUACUCAGUCUUUUUUGCCCCCUGUCCCAGCUUUUUUGGAACGUGUUGCAACCAUAAAAUUCUAAGUUAAUGAUUAUUUGCUAAAAACAAUAACGUUUAUCAGUUUGAACAUUAAAUAUCUUGUCUUUGUAAUGUAUUCAAUUAAAUAUAGGUUGAACAUGAUUUGCAAAUCAUUGUAUGCUGUUUUUAUUUGAUUUUUAACACAACGUCCCAACUUCAUUGGAAUUGGGGUUGUAGUAUUGUACAUAAUGCUAUAAUAUAAAGUUUUUAAAUAAACAACUAUUGCUCAAUGUGUCCUCAAAUAAUUUACUUUUUGGCCGGAUAUUUCUUUGCUAUGCUCCCACUGCCCCAAAACAUGCUUGUUAGGUUAAAUGGAAACUCAAUUGUCCUCAGGUGUGAAUGGUUAUGGGCCCUGUGAUUGGCUGCGACCAGUUCAGGGUGUCGCCCACCUCUUGCCCAAACUCAGCUAAAAUGGAUGGCGUAAUUAAUACAAUCUUAAAACUUUUCUUUUGUGUCAAUAGUUACAUAUACAGUACAGUGCAAGUAUUCACAGUGCUUCACCUUUUCCACAUUUUGUUUCAUUACAGCCUUAUUCCAAAAUUGAGUAUAUUAAUUUAAUUCAACACCACUUGACAAUGUGAAAUUUUGUUUUAGAUUUUUGACAAUGUAUUUUAAAAAAUAAAUAUGUACAUAGUCUAAGUUUACAAAACUUUUGUUGCCAUCGUGCGGUGUUGUGUAUGGAAUUUAAAGGGGAAAUUUAUUCCAUUUUGGGAAAAAAGGCUGUCACAAAAUGUGGAAAAAUUGAAGCUUUGAAUAUUUUACGGACACUGUAGAUGAAUCAGAACCAUCUCACAAGAGCCAAUAUAAUUCAAUCAUAAAAUUCUGCCUUUACAAAGUUAAUUCUCACAGAUUGUAAUUUAAUAUUUUAGCCUUGGCCAAAUUUAUAUAUUGUUGACAAUAUCAAAACAAAUAAAAAUGUUUUAUCUUGUUAAAGGCGUUUUGUAAUAAGUGGCUAAUGUGGCUGGUGAGUGUCUUAUUUUUAGGGAGUCAAUGAUUGAUAAAAAUCCUCAUGUAGGUCUUGUAUGGUGAGUUUCACACUAUUAAAACAGGUUCUACAACCGCUCCCUGUUCCACAAUGAUUAUUUUGAUUUUUUCUUCUUCACAUGUACAGGAACAUAGAAUCAUAACAAACUUCUGCAAAAAUCUUGUUUACCUUAAAAUAAGUUUACAGGUGCAGGAGGAAAUGAAGUGCAAAGAUAAAUUCGAGCCAAAUAACCAAUGUUCUUUUUUUAAAGUUUCAUUCAAAUUAGAUUUUGGAUAAAUGAUACAUCUGAGGUUUUGUUGUUUUUAGAAGAGUAUGGCAUCCUCCACCCCCAUGAGUUUGGUGAACUACUGAGAAAUCACACAACUACAAUCAGAAUUGGUUUGAGCUACCUGUUUAUUGUUUGGAUGAAAUAUUCACAACAAUUUCACACAACUUGUACGCAUUAAAUACUGAAAGUGCUGCAAUGUUUUUGUUUUUUUUAACCAUCAUGCCUGUAAAUGAAGCAUAUUAUUGGGCAGAGGGAGAAAAACUAAUCUAAACAUGUAAACGUUGUACAAUAAAGUGCUCCUGACAAUAUCAACAGAU